UCUAACUUUCAUUCUCAAAAUAAUUUCAAAAGCAGCUUAAUGUGAGUUCAUAUAGUACUUUCAGGAGUUGUUCCACCCACAUUUGUGUUACCAUCUCUAACCUGUGAGUCCUUUUUGGAGCUGUUUGUGGUUUUUUUAUGAGUUUUGUUUGACAUGAAGACUUAAAUCUUGGCAGGAUAGGGAAACAAUGCACACCCACCACCUAACUCAAUUUGUAGGAUAUUUCCUUUCCAGAACUGCAAGGGAUUACAUAUUUCACUCCUUAGUCUCAUUGCAAAAAGACUUAUAGUGACGUUGGAGCACUCCACGGAGAAAUGGAAGAAGAGCCAAGGCUGGAUGUUCUGAUAAAUAAUGCAGGGAUAUUCCAGUGUCCAUACAUGAAGACAGAGGAUGGUUUUGAGAUGCAGUUUGGUGUAAACCACUUGGGUCACUUCUUACUUACCAACCUUCUUCUGGGCCUCCUCAAAAAUUCUGCUCCAAGCAGGAUUGUGGUAGUAUCCUCAAAGCUUUACAAAUAUGGAGAGAUCAACUUUGAAGACUUGAACAGUGAAAUAAGUUACAAUAAAAGCUUUUGUUACAGUCGGAGUAAACUGGCUAACAUACUAUUUGCAAGGGAGCUAGCCCGUCGGUUAGAAGGGACAGGAGUCACCGUCAAUUCACUUCAUCCUGGGAUUGUUAGAACAAAUCUAGGCAGAUACGUGAAUAUUCCUUUGCUGGCAAAACCCUUGUUCAACUUGGUGUCAUGGGCUUUCUUCAAAACACCUCUGGAAGGAGCCCAGACUUCUAUUUAUUUGGCCUCUUCUCCUGAUGUUGAAGGUGUAUCAGGAAAAUAUUUUGGGGACUGCAAAGAGGAGGAACUCCUGCCCAAAGCCAUGGAUGAUUUGGUUGCAAGAAAGUUGUGGGAUAUCAGUGAAGUGAUGGUUGGUUUAUUGAAAUAAGUGCCAGGGAGUAUCUGCAAAAUAGAAUGCAGGUAACUGUGCAACACAUUUUCAGCAGUGUAAUUCUCACUUUAAAUUCUGUAGGAAUACAGAUAACUUUGCUCAUUAAGUAUUAAAUAGAGGAGUGAUUUAUGAUGGAAGUCUAUUUUGAAAUAAAAGACAAUCUAUUUAAUAGACACAGGCAUUCAAAAAAAGUCUGAAAUAGAGUUUGAGGGUGUGAAUAUAAUUUCUGGUUAAAUCUGCUUGAAAACUCAUGUUUACAAAUAAAAAUUAAAACUGUGGCUUGCAAUAUAUAUGCAUAUUUGUCAUGUUCCACUACUUGUAGUUGGGCUGGACAAUGCAGGGUAGUUGUGGUGAAACACUGUAAAAAGGUUUCAGAAAUAGGUCCGAGUUAUAAUAAUAGUAGGAUUGUUGUCUUUUUGAGCCAUCCUAAUGAAAAAUUGAAUAAACAGUUCUACUGCUAUCUUACACUGUAAUCAUUUAGGCCUCUGAGUGCUAUUUGCCAUUCAAAGACUUGUCAGCUCCAUGGUUCAGUGAACAAAACUGUUGAGCCAUAUACAGUUUAACUGUGAAGCACAAAGUCAACUUUUUUAGUGAUGUCACCGCUAUUCAAUGAGUAUAUAUGCUUGAUUGUGCAAGCUGUAUUUUUAUUUUCAUGCAUGCUUGAACUUGUGAUUUCUUGAUAUGCAGACCUUGGGUUUCAUUAAAAAUGUAAUUGACAGACUUAUUAUGGUUUUGAUAGGGUUUUGCAUGUCACAAAUAGUGUGCAUACAAAGUUCACAAGACCUUACCCGGAUUAGACUGGAGAGAGUAUGCUUUUCAGUGUGUGUUUGGCUUGACUGAUGGCACUUUAACUCAGUAAUGAGAUUAAAUAAGUCUGUCUGAUACAUCUUACUGAAUAUUCUUUAAUAAAA